AUGGAGCUUGCAUUCCUCAGAAAUAUUGCCACGGAUCCGGAGCUGAACCAGAGUAAAGGUAAAGAACUGGUCUUGGCCCUGAGUGCUGCGCCAGGGCAACGCACGAAUGACUUUGUUUUUGAGAAAGGCUCUACGGGCAUUAGUAAGGGUGCCACCAGGGAUACAUACAUACAUCCAACAUCUUCGCCUUCUUUAGAAAGAGGGACAUCUAGUACUCCUAUUGCAGAGCCAAGGGGAAGAUCUCCUAUACCAAAGGAGGCUCCUACCGCGCCGUCACCGUCAGAGGAACUAAGCAAGUCUCCAUCAAAUACUUCUAAAGCAGGAAGACCAACCAGCAAAAGCAUUAAACCAACGCCACCUGUGGACGAGGAUGAUCCCUUCCUCCUCCUGGAUGCUCAUAAUACGACACCGAAAGAAAUGCCGACUCCGACUCCGACUGUGGAAGAAAAACCGAAAGGAGAUGCUCAGAAACAGGAGGACGCGCAAAAGGAAUACGCUCAACAAGAUGGAAGCGUAGUUGUUCCGAUGGAAACGAAAACUACAACAACGGAGAGGAAACAGCCUAUGGAGGAGGGUGACGUCACAGACACAAGAAUCACAGAAAUGGUAUUAGAGGAUCUAGGGUUUGGUGUUAGGGUACGAGGACAAGAAAAAGACGAAGUUCUACUUGAAGAAGGUGAAGGACAUCCCAUGGCAGUACAGAAAACUACAACCACGGAACAAGAUGUCACUAUGGCGGAAGAAGAAGUAGUUGAACGAACUGAUGUCAGCAUGGUGGAUACGGAGUCAGCGAUGAAUGAUGUGAAGGAUGUAGUUGCUUCUCUGGCAGUCGAAGAUGCUGAUCAAGAAGAAAGCACUGCAGCUGCCCCUCUUAAAGUAGCAGAGGCAACAAACGUCGCUGGUGCAGACCCACAAACUACUAAGCAAAGCACCUCCUCGUCUGCAGUGACGAAGCGACGCAACUACGAGGCUUUGGUUAAGCAUUUUGCUGCUCGAGGAGUCCCACGACCCCAACAAGACGAAGCAACC